AUGAGCACAGUACAAGAGGACGUUGCCGCCGAGAAUAUCUUGAAGAGAGCAGAGCUCGCCAGGAUCACGCGUCAGUUGAAGAAGAGGCUCUCGCAAACGAACUUGAAGGCUCGUUUACAGAAGAAGAACGGAACAACGUAUAGCAGCUCGCCAGCAGCUUCAGUAUUGAGCGGUGGCGGUUCUUCAACACGUAUGAACAUGUCACCCGCUGUAAUGGGGCGUACGCUUGCCGCCCCAACUGAGAUAGCGUCUUCCCAUCAAACGAACGUGCUGAAAACAUCGCCAUCAAAGUUGAAUAAGAAGCGCUCGCUGGAAUCCGUCGUGACGGAUUCGAGCCAAACAGACAUUGAAAACGACUCUCCUGCUAAGCGCCCUGUGUAUCCACCAUCGUCUCCCAUCUACAACGACGAGUUUCUCAUACCGCCGGUGCCAAAGACUCCACCAGCUCAGAAAACAACCAUCGAGUUCAACUCUGCAUCUACAAACAAGACCCAGAUCCACAUAUCAAGUCCUGCACAGUCCAAGAAUACCGUCUCAACCCCAAAGCGCCAAUCUACAAGGGAUGAAGGCGCAGAUCUCUUGAUGUUUCUCGCAACGUCUCCAUCGCCUGCUCAGUACAAGAACCUGACCUCUACACCUUCAAGAAGUAUCAAGAACACGCUACAGGUCCCAACGAGUCAACAGAAAGGCGUCACCCCGGGAACUCCAAAGAACAGGCUAAAGACUCCAGGAUUCAACUUGAACGACUACUUGGUCUUCACUCCUUCACCAGCCAUAACAAGAACCCCUGGCGAGAUGGGCAAGGACGUUAACGGUAAGCUUAUCAAGUUUUGA